AUGAGCAGAGAGCUCAACUUGCUCGCUCCCCGCCACAGAACGGCGGCCCCCUCGGAUCCCGUUUAUCCCGACGGCACGGGAAAUGUGCGCUGCUUGUAUUUGAGGGACGUAUUUCCGAGCGCACCUGCCAGGUUGGUGAGGGCGCGACGGAGUGAGGGCGGAACCGGAGGGUUAUCCGUCCGGGUCCUACCAAGGUGCCCCGGGGAAGUGGCCGCGCGGAGCAAACGAGGGAGCAAGCGAGCGGAGGUGGCGCGCGGGGCAUGGCUGGCGGGCGCCGUCUCGGGAGGACGCGGCGGAGCCUCUGGCUGGAGUGACCCUCGCCCUGCGCGGGUAAGGCGCCUUGUUCUGCCCCGGGCGGGAAGGGCGGCCGCGGAGCCACCCGACCCUCCUCGUUCUCUUCUGCCAAGGAAUCCCAGAGGAAUCCCUUUCAGCCUCCGGGGAGAGCAGGAGGGCGGGACGGAGGAGCGGCUGCGUCGCGACCUGCCUUCGCCCCGCUCUCCUGGCUCCCUUUCGACCCCUUCCUCCUCUCCUGCUUUGGCCAUGAGGUUUCCGCCUCUUUGUUUCUGGGUCUUCGAUUGCUGCCAGCCAGGCAGGCACCCAACAGCUGGCGCUUUUCCUCCGCAGGAGGAUGCGAUGCCGUUUCACCUGUGGAACUGCUGCCUGUUGCGCCGCCGCUAAGAGACCGAAAUGCCGAGAGGCCCUAGUUAGCGGGUGCAAGACCUGCUCCCUCUCUUCUCUGGCCGCGUAUUUUAGGGAUGCGUUUAAUUAUUAUCCGGUUAUUUGGGUUCUAUUAAAGAGUUCUCAUGGAGAGACCAACGCCAUGGCAACAAGCCCUGGGAAAAAAAGCCUCUGGAGGUUUAAAGAAACCAUCCAGUGGCUUUCUGAAGUAGGAUUUCCUUUUUUAAUUAUUUGCAGAAAGUUUUAUGUUUGUGCUCCUCCCAUCAAAUUGCUUGAUCUGAAGGCAGCCCUGUUUAGGGAAGUUUUCAAUGUUUGAUGUUUUAUUGUGUUUUUAAUAUUCUGUUGGGAGCCGCCCAGAGCGGCUGGGGAGGCAGGACCAGAUGGGCAAAGUCUAAGUGAUAAAUUCUCCUUCUCCUCCUCCUCUCCAGCAUUUUACAGGCUUCUCUCCUUCGCUGUGCAGUUCAGUGCUAGUAAGCUAGAAUGGGGCAGCUUUGUCACAUUUCCCUUUAUUUUGUGUUCUAGGCCCUUGGCCUGAAACUAAGUAGCUUCUCCUUUAGUGUUUUCAUACUGCCAAGUGGAACGGUGAAAUUGACUCUUGGAAGCCAAAAAUUAUGCAAGCUUCUAAGCUUCGAUACUUGUACGAAAUGACCAAGGCAAAGUAGAUAGUCCUGAGGCCAAGCGGAAUGUGGGAGCAGACAUAGUAGCAACCAGUUAUGAUGACAUUUUCCACAACAAGGUCCACAAUAAGUAUUCCCCAAAUUUCCCAUAGCUGUUCAUAUGUUGUCAUGGAAAAAUUGUAAGAACUACCUGCUCUGGGCAAACCUCACCCUCUCUGUUCUGGAAGCUCCACCUAAAGUUGAGUAACUCCCUGGAGUAGAUUAUGUGAUUCAGAUGUAACUGAUGUAGAGUUGUGAUAGUUUCUUGGUCUCUUCUGUUAACUGACUGGAAGUCGGCAAUAUCCUGUAACAAAAUACAACAAUAUAUUUGCCAGUAGGCAAUUGGGGUUUAAAAGAAGUUUAACUUUCACAAUUUGUGUGCAAAGGCCACAAAUAAAUAAAUCACUCAGUUAAGCAGUUUGGUUAUUUAUUUUAUAACUUGUGCAAAAGAAAUAGUGUGUGUUCCAUACAUUGAUUAUAUUUAAUGACAGGCUGAAUGUUGCCUCUGCUGUUUCUCCCUCAUCUGUUAUAAUGCAAAAUCACUUUAAAUGUACAGGUGCCUGAUGGACACCUUAUUCUUUCAUUGUACAUUAACAAGAGGAAAACAUAACUAGCUGAAUGGACUGGAAGCAGUGGCUGAAAUCCAAAUAGCUGCUUAAGCACCUUCAAGGGGUGUGUGCUACCAAGUCUCCUUUUCUUUGAAAAGCUGAACUCACGGUCACAUCACAAACUACCAGAGUCUCAAAAUCCCUUUGAAGAAAGAUAGCCCCAUCGGACACAUGAUUCUAGUCUCACGUUUCUUGGAAUCCUUGCCAAGAAGUACUGAGGAUACAGCAAGAUGAGUUCCUUAUGCUUUCAAGAACAGGCUGAGAUGAGUAACUCAAAAACAGGAAGAUUGUUCUGUCUGCUUAGUGAAAUAAUUGCGCCUCAUUUCCUUAAAUAAAUAGCUGUUUUUGUGUUUACCGGAUGGGUCAGAAUAGACAGGAGGGCUAUUGUCUGGUUUGGUUUGCCCCGCCCCCCCCCCAACCAAAAGAAGUAUCAUAGUUUGUGACUGUUCUUAUUCCAUAGAUGAAUCAGAUUUCAUGUUAAAUGGUGCUUUUUCACAAUCUGAGAGCUGGGCAAUAAGCAGAAGAGGGAAUGAAGGGCACAAGGACGAAGUCUGAAGGACACAUGGCUCAUUUUCAAGCCAAUAAACUGUGGGUUAUUGGUCUGACAUUGUUAUGUCUGAACUGGGCCUGUGUGAGAAGCAGCGCUACAUUUGCCAAGCUGUUUUUGUUUCUAAUCCAAAUAAUUUAUCUUGGAAAGUAUUGUUAUUACUAUUGUUUACUUUUUCUCCCUCUGUUUAGGUGUGUGGUAGAGGCAGCCUUUCCUUCAGACACUCAUGCUGAAGAACUUCUACACCUGAUGAGUCUACCAGAUACCGCAAAUGGCUUAACUCCAGCUACUUUGCACUUGCUAUUUGGACAUGUAACCAUUGCUAUAGAGAUGAAAACUUAUGACAAGUGGAAACAUAUACCUGAAAGGAACCACCUGAAAUAG